AUGUCUUGCAAGUUGACCCCCUGGGGCACCGCCGCCGCCACCGUCCGUAAUCUCAGCAUACGAACGCGACGAGCACCCACAACCGCUUUCCGAAUACCAUCCCAUCCGGAACAACGACCAACAUACCCGACACCAUUCUUAAUAACGAGGAGAGGACUUUCAGACGAUACCAACACAAGAAUACCACCAUCACCACCACCACAGUCCGAAACCCCACCACCAACUCCCGCAGAAUACGUUCCCAAGCCCCCCGAGCUCUUCGCGCCCAACUUCCUCAACGCCGAAGCCAUAGCCGCCCUCGAGAAAGCCGCCGCCAACCAGGGCCUCUACGACGAUGACGACGAGGGCCUGCUAUUCAACAUGCCCGACCGCGUCGGCAAGGGCCAGCAGCUGCAGGACAGAUACCAUCCCGUAGUAGAGCAGGUGACGAAGCUCCUGAUGAAAGACGGGAAGCUAAGCCAAGCGCAGAGGAACAUGGCCAUGAUCCUCAACUACCUCCGCACCACCCCCGCCCCCAAAGUCUCCCCCCUCCGACCCCUCCUCCCCGGCAGCCCCCCCGCCGACCAACUACCCCUCAACCCACUCCUAUACCUAACCCUAGCCAUCGACUCCGUCGCGCCCCUGAUCCGGAUCCGCAGCCUACGCGGCGCGGCCGGCGGCGGACAAUCGCUGGACCUGCCGCAGCCCAUGGCGGCGCGCGCGCGGCGCCGCAUCGCCGUCAUGUGGAUCCUGGACGCCGUGCGCCGCAAGCGCUCCGCCGCCUCCGGCCGCGCCCAGUUCGCCACCCGCUUCGCCCAGGAGCUGGUCGCCGUCGUCGAGGGCAAGUCCACCGUCUGGGAUAAGCGCAACAGCAUACAUAAGCUUGGUACUGCUGCCCGUGCUAAUCUGACGCACCAUGCUGUUGUGGGGAAGCGGCGGAAGUAG